AUGCUGAUGCAUUACUAUUGCUCUCAAUGUCGUCAGGUGUUCGUGAAUCAGUACGGACUGGAGGAACACUACAGGCAGUCUGAAGCGCAUUACUAUUGCGCGGAUUGUAAGAAACAUUUCCAGUCAGAGUCGAACUUGAGAUCUCACCGCAACUCAAAGAUACACCAACCUCAAAACAUUAAAUGUCCUUUUGCGCCGCAAUGUGACAUGGCGUUCGUCUCUCGUUCCGCUCUCCUUCUCCACCUCGAAGCCGGUCGAUGCCCAUCUAACGCCACUCGAGAAACUGUCAAUCGCGCCAUUCGACAAUUGGACAGAAACAACAUCAUCACUGAUCCUUCACGUCUUAUCACUGGUCCUGAUGGAACAUCCCAACAGAUCAAGUAUUCGGCCACAGAAAGAAGCUGGAACGGAUACGCGUACGAAUGUUACAUCUGCCACGGUACCUAUCCCACUUUGCGCGCAUUGAACCAACACUUGGCGAGCCCUCGUCAUGAGGCGAAGAUUUAUUUCUGCCCUCUCAGCUCGUGUGGCGUUAGAUUCACGACGUUGAGUGCUCUUUGCCAGCACAUCGAGAGUCAGAGAUGUGGAGUUGCCAGGUUUAAAGCUGUCCAGAGUGCUUUAGACAGCUUGGUUGGCGGUAUGAGGUCUUUGACAAUGUAG